UGUUUCGUGGCUGUAGAUGUCUUGGCCUCCUGCUGUGUUAACUCUCCAUCAUAACCAGGUUUUGGAGGUGCAUUGGGUUACCUUUUGGGUGCCAUCGACUGGGCUCAUCUGGAGAUAGGAAGAAUGCUGGGCACAGAAUUCCAGGUCAUGUUCUUCUUCUCCGCCUUGGUGCUCACUUUGUGUUUUAUUAUUCAUCUCUGCAGUAUUCCUGAAGCCCCACUUAGAGAUGUUACAAAGGACACAUCCCCACAGCAAGCCCCCCAGGACUUUCCAUUGCCAUCAGACAAAAUGUACCAGUAUGGGUCUAUUGAGAAAGCUAAAAACGGUUCUGUAAACCCAGAGCUGACAUUGAAGGGAGAAAAAAACAAAAAUCCUGCUGAACAGACUAGGAAGGCAAUGACCAUGAAGUCACUGCUGAGCGCGCUGGUGAAUAUGCCUCCCCACUACCGCUGCCUUUGCCUCAGCCACUUCAUUGGAUGGACCGCCUUCCUGUCUAACAUGCUCUUCUUUACAGAUUUCAUGGGCCAGAUUGUGUACCAAGGGGAUCCCUACGGUGCACACAACUCCACAGAGUUUCUCAUCUAUGAAAGAGGGGUCGAGGUUGGAUGUUGGGGCUUGUGCAUCAAUUCCGUGUUUUCCUCACUUUAUUCUUACUUUCAGAAACCUUUGGUAUCCUACGUCGGAUUAAAGGGUCUUUACUUCAUGGGGUAUCUGCUAUUUGGCCUGGGGACAGGAUUUAUUGGGCUUUUCCCGAACGUCUACUCCACCCUGGCUCUGUGUACCUUGUUUGGUGUGAUGUCCAGCACUCUGUACACUGUGCCCUUUAACCUCAUUGCCAAGUACCACCGCGAGGAGCAGGAGGAGAAGAGACAGCAGGCCCCGGGAGGGAGCGAGGACGGCGGUGGGAGAGGGCAGGGCCUGGCCUGCGCUGUCCUCACCUGCAUGGUGCAGCUGGCGCAGAUCCUGGUUGGAGGUGGCCUGGGCUUUCUGGUCAACAAGGCUGGGAGCGGCAUCGUGGUGAUCACGGCCUCUGCAUUGGCGCUGAUCGGCUCCUGUUUUGUGGCUCUCUUUGUUAGAUACGUGGAUUAGAUCAAUAAACGUUGUCCCUUCCCUCAGACACAGGGAAGUCCAUGGCAGGAAA